AUGGGAUCUGCGCGUGCGCUAAGGCAGUCACAAAGCCCGGUCGUCGAAUUGCCAGCCAAUCCACAACCGCCGUCUGUUCCCCUGCUCGCCCACAAGGACAGAAAAGAUGGCUCAGCGCUGUUCUCAGUCAACCGACCACUUUCCUUUGCCACCUGUCUCUCUGACGAGAAGAGCGUGCCCAGCAGACACAACGACGGGAUUUGCCAGAAUAGAAACUGCCACGUUGGCAGAAAGAGCAGGCAACAAGAUAUCCCAUGCCCGGAUAUUUGUCGUGUGUUGUUUUGCUUUUUGCCCAGCUCGGGUCUCGUAUUCGAGCGCGGGUUUUUAUUUUCAACCCAGUCAGCGAUGCGGAACGCUGCACACUCCGAGCUCCUUCAUGUUCGGCUCUCGGUGUCGGGUGGCGCUCAAAUGCCCAGUGCUAAGCAACAGAAACCCCCUCUCCCGGUGUCCGCCUUGCCCCCGCCCUUUCCGACUGAAGCGCCUACUGCCGACCCCUCCUCCGACAGCAUAAUAGUGGAUGGCUGCGCCACCAAUGCCAGAGACCGCUGGGACCAGAGGGUGGUGAUUUGA